AUGCGCGCGCGGGCGAGCGCGAGGGUGGGUUCGACGGCGCGCGCGCGCGCGGCGUCGCGCGGACGACGCGUCGUCGCGCGCGCGGUGGGCGGGAGAGAAGACGCGCUCGGUGGGCAAGAUUUCAUCUACUCGCAGCGGAGCGGGGUGGAGGAGACGCUCUUCAAGGGGGUCGUCCUCGGCGUCGACGCGGACGUGGCGAGCGGAGAGCACCGAGAGGGGGGGUUUAGGUCGUUUGGGAACGUUGAGGGUGAAUUUUACGUCCCGGAGCGGUUCAUGGAACGGGUGGCGACGCACGUGGCGAAGAACCUGUUGGCGGACAGGGACGGUUUGCGGAGCGCGAAGCCGGCGGUGAUGUUGGGGAUCUGGGGACACAAAGGGUGUGGGAAGACGUUUAAUGUGGAGUUGGCGUGUAAAAGGAUGGGGUUGAUGCCGAUCGUGACCUCGGCGGGGGAGUUGGAGGACGGUACGGCGGGAGAGCCGGGGGCGAUGUUGCGCAGGCGGUAUCUCACGGCGGCGAGAGCGAUGCGAGAGACGGGACGGUUGAGUUGUUUGAUCAUCAAUGACAUCGACGCGGGGAUCGGACGGUUUCGAGACGACCUCGGAACGGUGAACAACCAGAUCACGCACGGCACGCUCAUGAAUAUUUGCGAUAAUCCGACGCUGGUGAGCGAGGGAAACGCGUGGCGACACGAUGCCAAGAUGACAAACGCGCGCGUGCCAAUAAUCGUUACGGGGAACGAUUUCUCGAGAUUGUACGCCCCGUUAACGCGUGAUGGGCGGAUGGAUCUGUGGAUGUGGGAGCCGACGAGGGACGAGCUCGCGAAGAUGCUACACGCGAUAACGAAGGAUGAUGGAUUGUCCGAGAAGGAUUGCGAGACACUCGUGGACACAUUCCCGCAGCAACCGCUCGACUUCUUCGGCGCCAUACGAGCGCGCGUAUACGACGACGCUGUACGUGAUUUUAUUCUAGACGUUGGAUUAGUGGGUAUGAACGAAGCCCUGGUUGGUGGUGUGGAGAGUAAAAGGAAAACUCUGGGCAAGGUGAACGCCUCGCUUGAGCGACUAAUCCAAGCCGGCCACGAACUGUGCGAGGAGCAAGAAAAUGUGAGCAAUAUUCAGCUCGCUAGGGAAUACAUGCGCUGGCAAGACCCAGAGGAUCUCGAGCGAGCGCGAUCGUUGGAAUCCGCGGCUCGCACGCGAGGUCCACCGACGACGUAUGAACCAGACGAGACGGCAGUCGCGAUGCGCGAAGAAGCCAAGGCGACAAUGCGCGCCGCCACGGCGGAGCGAGCGCGAACAGCGGGCCCGGUGGCCGUCGAGGAGGUGGAAGAAGGUGAAAUUGAAGAAGUCCCUUGGCGCGUGGAGAACAUCGGUGAGGCACAGCGCCUGUACGAAUCAGGGACUCCAUGUUUUGACAUUCGUCCGCUGAAGGAUUUCAACCGCGAGACGCUCAAGGGCGCCACCUCCAUGCCGGCCGCCGUGCGCACCGGAGGCAUAUCAGAUUUUGUUGAUACCCCAGCAGUGGACGCCAUGCUUGCCGCGAUCGCCGCCGACAAAAAGUACGAGAAGACGUCCACCGUCGUCGUAUUUCACGGCGCCGAGGCUUCUGAAGCGUAUCGAGCCGACGCCCUUCGCGCCCUGACCACCGUCUUCGACGACGUCAUCGAAGUCGAGGGCGGCUUCCCAUUUUAUUUCAAGCAUUUCACCCCGGGUGGGAAGCGCCGCCCUCGAUACGUCGGCUACGGCGCCGAGAACGAGGAGACGUUUUGGACGGCUAGCAACUAG